GCAUCAGGGUGUUCCAGCCCACUGUUAUACAACGCAUCAGGAACUUGCAGGCAGCCUCCCUGACAUCCUCACACUCCACGGUGGUCUCGCAUCUUGAGCCAUGUCUGCCCACUUGCUGGCCGUUCUGCUCGCCUUCACCUCCCUGUGUGCUGCGUCUGAACCGGACUGCAAGGAACUUGUUAAACCUCUGCAAUUGGACAACCACAGCCCUAUCUUCGGAAAAUGGAUUCUUCACGUCAGCUCAUGGGAUGAGCCAGGCCUAAAGAGUGACCUGACGGCAGCAAACAGCUCGUGGAUUGAAUUGUCACCAUCUUCCCAGAGUGGGACCAUCUCCCUCUACUGGGCUGACCGUCUGAACGACAACAAAUGUCUUCAGGGGUCCGCUGAUGUCACCGUGUCCGGAAUGACCAGCCACGCCACCUUAAACAUCAACAACCAUACUUCCUAUCAUGAGGCCAAAUAUUACGCAACCUGUUCCGACUGCCUCCUUUCCGAAGACACUACCCUCGUUCCAGAUGGCAAAUCUAAGGGCCGAUACCUUUUCCUCUUCACCAAAACCGGUAAACUGGAGCCAGCCGAGUUGGAGACCUUCAAGAAACAAGCCGUGUGUCUUAAUUUCCUCCCAGAAUACUACUUUCUGGACUCGGAUGUGUGUCCAGAUGAAAGGAAGACCAACGAGGGAGAAGAGCCAACUGGUUCCUCAAAGUAGAUGGUGGCACAUAGACAGCAAGACAAAUAUGCCCUGCAAAACCUACUAAAUGUUCAUAUGUAACCUUGUGCAAUGGAAUAACCUUAUAGACAUGUAAAACUGGAUGCAGGUCUGAAGUCUUAGAGAACACCGGUUAGCUGUAGGUGAAUAAACUGCUGCAAUUCUCCUCCUUGCAGUUCUGUCUCGAACCCUUUACAUAUAGACAAAAUGACACCGUUCUUUUCAAGGAAUGGCGGCAAAAACAAAGUUGCCUGGUAACUUAUUUGUACUGUCAAGGCAACAUUGUCAAUGCAAUACAAAUGCUCUGCGGGAAAACAACCUUCAUUGCACAAGAGGAACGAUUUUUCCCGUUAAUCCAAAAAGGAGUCGUGGCGCUUUGCCCAGAGGCCAUUCAAGGCCGACAGAGGACCUUUGAAAUGCUUAUUCAGUGCUCGGUAAAAGCAGGUCUCAGCGUGAUUAUUCACAGGGGUUUUUUGGUGUGUGUGUGUGUGCGUUGAACGCAUCCUUUGUUUCCUUCGUACGAAGUAAACUUUUGCAAACCAUUUUUGACUCUUGGAGAGCCCAGAGUGAACGCAGUUAGAGGACGACAGUGAGACCAUGACUUGGCCUACGUUUCAUUUUUUGUUAGCUCUCACCGCACUUUGUGGGGCUUCUGCACCGGACUGUCAGGACCUGGUCCAACCUUUCAUGCCAGAGGACCCGCAACAGAUUUUUGGCAAAUGGGUGUACGCCAUGGGAGCUGGUGACCCCCUGCCAUACCACCUUGCGUUAGGGUCUUGGAAAAGCUCCUGGAUAGAUUUAUCCCCAACGUCAGACAGUCACAUAUUGACAAUGCGAUGGGGCGAUCGCAGUCUAAGCGGUUGCAGUUUUGGUGAAGUCAACAUGACAGUUGCUGAUCUCUCCACCACAUUUCGCAAAUACCUAGCCGACCACAAAGGUCACCUCGUGAGGACAUGUUCCAACUGUCUCCUGUGGACAGACACCUUCCGAAAUCGUGAUGUCACUGGUAGAUUCAUCCUACAGUUCACACGGAGUGGAGCAAUUGAUCCCAAUGAUGUCGAAGUGUUCAAAAAGCAACUUGGCUGUCUGAACUUCCCAGAGGACUACUAUAAAUAUGACGGAAUUUCAGAGCUGUGUUCUGAUGACAAGCCAAGUACAGAGUGAGACACUUUGAGACAGAAAGAAACACAUGCAGUAUCGUUAAUUUAGUUGUAAUUAAUCUUUGUAGACCAUCGGGCGUAUAUUCAGCCAGUAUAACCAUGUGAUUAUGCCCAGCCCAAAAUGUAUAGAAAAUGGAAAAUAGAAGAAAAUAUAUCAUAUAUUCCACCAUUUAAAAGGCGAUGGCAAUUUUAUUUUACAUUAUACUUGUAUACACUGGCAAACCACACUAAUAAAUGACCUGGCUGUUAAUUCAA